AGCAAUUGAAGGAUAAGGGAGUGACUUUCCCUGUGGUCACUGCACGCCCUCAGCGCAUUCCCCAGCUCCUCCCCUUCCAAUCCGUUACUGGAGAAGCUUAUAGAGGAGCAGGCCGCAUCUACCUUACCAGACCUCCCCCGGACCAGCGCCCGGAGGUCGUUGCCAUGCCUGCGGACUUCCUCGCCGGACCUAACGCCCAGGGUCGGCGGACCACGCCGCAUGUUAGAUUCAUCAUGCCCGGCGGUAGGGAUGCUGGUGGUGCUGGUGAUGGCCAGGGUAAUCAUGGGCACCACCGGCAUGCACAUGGUCAAAUCCACCGCGGCGGUCACCACCACCAGCGGCAGCGUGAGGGGGAGGAGGCGGCGGCAGAGGCAUGGAUGGGGGCGCUGGAUGGAGACGGAGAUCCCAAGGAGGUGUUUACCAUGGCUCGAAACACUGCUGACCUGCUCACCACCAUGCUGACGUCAGCACCUGCGAAAGAGGCAAUCAAGGAUGAGGCUGUGGUGUCCCUGGCAGCACAGUGCAGAGCGGGCAAGCGGCGCCUGCAGAGGCUGCUGCAGCAAGAAGCCGUGCUGGCAGACGACUCCCUCCUGUUCGACGGUCUCUCUGCUGUUGAUGACGUGGAUGCUGCCCUUGCCAGGCUGGCCGCCAUGCGGGAUGAGGUGAAGGGGGCGCGGGGGAAGAAGCCACACAGGAAGGGAAGGGGGAGGGGGGGAAGUGGGGGGGAGGAGGGGAAUGCUGGGGAAAGUGGGGAAGGGUUGGGGGUGGGAGGUGGGGAGGGAACCGGGAGUGGAGUGGAAGGGAGAGAGACGAUAGAGGAGGGUGAGGAGGAAGGGUACGAAAGCGAGGAGGAGGAGGAUGAGGAGGGGGAGGUGCUGGAGAUGGGGAGAGGUCUUUGCUCCAUAGAAGGGGAUGAGGAGGGUAGGGAUAAGGAGGAAAGCCAAGUGCAUGGGGGGGAAGUGAAGGAUGAGGAGAGUGCAUCAGCAAGAGAGGGUGGUGUGGUGGGCGGUCAGGUUGGGAUUGAAACAGCAGCAUUGGAAGGGGAGGCCAAGGAGGAGACGGGUGCAAGUAACCUUGCUCAUGCAGCUGCUGCUGCUGGUGCCGGUGGAGGGACAGAGGAGACAGAAGGGAACAGGGCAAACGAAGUGUUUUGAACUACUGGUAAUGUCCUUGAUUCUGUUUUUUGGGUUGCAGAGCAACCAAUUGUGAUCGAUCGGACAAGGUUUUUUUUUUUUUUUUUUUUUUUUUUUUUUUUUUUUUUUUUAACGUGAUAAAAUAUAUUCUAAGUGGGGGAAAACUACAAAUUCAUUUAAACCGACAAAUUGUAUGCAUAGAUUGAUUGUUGCCUGACUAUCUAGAAUGGUUGUUGGAAAGAUGUAAAUUGUAGUGUAAUAUAGAAACCAACUAAAC